GCCUGUGGAGGAGACGAAGCAGCAGCCGAAGAAAAACAACUAAUUUACCUUUAGGUAACUCGUUGUUUUUUUUGGAAGGAGCGGAGAUAAUAACCGUCAAGAGGUUUCGGCACAUGUGAGAAGAUGAGGAGGUGAGAGCCGGAAUGAAUGUAACGUCCACAGAGCAUGAAGAGACAUGUGCGCGGAUCCUUCAGGGUCUGUGGGAAUAUGUGAAAGCAGGGCAGGAGGAGAUCCUGCUCUCCCCUUACCUGCCUGCGUGCUGCGCCUUCCUGACGCACGUGCUGCUCUGCGCACCUUUCCUCGCGCUGGACGCGCUGGGCAGCGUCUGUCAGCGGGUCCGGUCGUGGAGGAUCGCUGCAGGGUCUGGACCGCCGCCUUCUCUCCGGCGAUGGUCUGACUGUUUUUUGAGGGUGCUGUACAAAUACCUGACCAUCGUCCUCCCCGUCACCGCGCUCUUCCAGACCCUGCGGAGCCCCAUGUUACCUGUGCUGGCACCGUCCUGCUGGCAGCUCUUUGUGGAAAUCUGCGCAUGUUUCCUGCUUUUUGACACGCUCUUCUUCAUAUGGCACUUCUCCAUGCACAGGGUUCCCUGGCUCUACCGCAACAUCCACCAACUGCAUCACCAGCACCACACACCCUUUGCUCUGGCAGCUCAGGAUGCCAGCUCGGCCGAGCUGCUGUCUCUGCUGCUGCUGGCUCUGAGCAGCGCCUGGGUGGUGGGCUGCCACCCUCUGAGCGAAGUGCUCUUUCACCUCUUCAACAGCUGGAUGGCGGUGGAAGACCACUGUGGCUACAAUCUGCCCUGGGCUCUGCACAGACUGCUGCCCUGUCUGGGAGGAGCUCCCUUUCACCAAGCCCACCAUAGCCUACACAGCUGGAACUACGCCCCCUACUUUACCCACUGGGACCACCUCUUUGGCACAUACCAAGCAUGAGCGCUGUGUGGACAUCCAGACUGAUGACACUGAUGGUUGCUGUCAGCAUGAAUUGAAGGAUAUUUUCUGCACAUUUUGCUUACCCCUGAUCAGUUUUUCAUAUGCACACUUCUUAGGGGAUAUGUUAACUUACAACUGUGACAUUUCAGUAACAUGUCCAUUCAAGACAUUUUAAGACUUGUGACCACAAAGUACGAUGUGUAAUAUAACUGACUGUAUGUGAAAUAAAUAUAGCCUACUUCAGCAUCCCCUAAAUAAGACUAUGUUUCCUUGUCAGUUUCAUAGUAACAAAUCUGUGGACACAUGUCAUGUUCUCAUGGUCUCAGUUCUUGGUACAAUGUGAAUGCAGACCAUGGUAUUUGAAAGACUGUGUCUAUGACUUGUUCCAUAGCAAGUGAAUGCAGCUUGUGAUGAGACGUGUGUGUGUUUGGGUGCAUUUGUAUGUGCCUGUGUUGUUUUUGGAGGCAGCUAAGAGGUGAUGGAUUUAUUUUGGGCAUUGCUCCUUGUGUGUAGUUAAGAGAAAAGUAAACUAAAAGGAUUUUAAAGGAAGAGUAGGACAUACACUUGCUUGCUUUCUUGUUGCGAGUCAGAUCAGAGGACCAAUACCAUUCUCAUAUCUGUAAAAUAAACUGGAAGCUACUGCCAACAGCAAAUUAGCUUAGCUUAGCUUAGCUUAGCACAAUGACUGGAAACAGGGUGAAACAGUUAGCUUGGCUAAGUGAAGACUCCAGGACAUUACUAGUCAAGAAAUAGUCCAGCAUAUAGCAAACAAUGAAACCACACUUUUUGUACUGAUUGAAAAAAAGAUGUAACUUGUUAAUAAGUGAGUUUUAUGUCCUGUUUAGACUCUAGUUUAGAGUUCCCCUCACACAGAGCCAAGCUUCCUGUUCUCCACAUUUCCAGUUUUUAUAAUAAGCCAAGAUAAACUGGGUUCUGGCUCUAGCUUUAUAUUUAGUCUACAGACAUGAAAGUGGUAUCCUCUCAUCUAACUGUUGGCAAGAAAGCAAAUUAGUGUACUUCCCAAAAUGAACUAUUCCUUAACUGUAAUUAAAUGAUUGGACGUCAGUCUUUCAUUUGUUAUGAAAAGUCUUUUAUGUUGUUUCUGCAAAAUCUAAAUAUAUCAACAUGACCGUAUAAGAAUGUAUGCAUUUAAAAUGAACAGCUUUGCACCCACACUGUUGUUUAAUGUACACCACAUUUUCUUGAUGAGUAUUUUGUAAAGAUUAUGUCAUAUUCAACUCUCUAUUUCUUCAUUUACACAUUUCUAUAAAGUGUUAAAGUUUUGUAUUGUGAAUCACCUUUUCUAAAGAAAAGACCUUACAGGUGUGGGUUUUAUAAACAUGCUAAAAUAUAUGACAGCAGGACAGA